GGGGGUUUGUCAUCAGUCAGUCAUCCAACACAAUCGAACCGAGCUAGAGAAGGCAACUUGCACCUCCAUAACAAAACAUCGGAAUCACUCCAUCGGAACGGAACGGAACGUCUAAAGAAGCAGCAGUAGCUGCUGGUCGCGCAAUAAAACACAAUCAAAUUCGUUCGUUCGUUUGUUGGAUACGGUACGCGGUGUGGUAGUGCGACGAGACGACAGAAAUUUGGAGAAAUCGGAAGUGCUCCGAUAUAUUUAGACGGCGAAUACAAAGUGAUACUGAAUCCUGGUGUACAGGUGGCGAAAGUCUUUUGGGAUUAUCGGGUGGACCAGACUGGACGGGAUUUAAGGGCAGCAAGAACUGGCCCAUUAGAGUGCGCUCCUGCUUUACAGGGGGGGCACCCCACACCCACAUGAUCUCAAACCAUCGCAGGAAAACGCACUUUUAAAAAGCCAUGGAAACCAACGAAACGUAUUUCCCGUACUACGGUCCGGACCGGAAUUCCUGUCUAGUAUUGAACAAAACCAAAAUUCUGCUAAAUCUGUACGAAGGCAUCCCGGAGACGCUCCUGCUCAAUGUCAUUGCGUGGGUUUUCCUCAUCCUGCUGUUCACGCUCCUGCGACAGCAAGCAUGGGACUAUGGGCGCCUAGCGCUGGUCAAUAGCCAUGGGGAGAACAAACGGUGGACGCAGCUGUUCUACGCUCACGGGAACGUCGGCGGUCCCGGUGGAGUGGAAACCAGCGAUGCCAGUAUAAACAUGGAUCGCGGGUUCUUCUCGUGGAUCAUCGCCACCUGGAGGCUAACCAGAGAGCAAAUCCUAACGCACAGCGGACCGGAUGCGAUCCACUAUCUGUCCUUUCAGCGACAUCUGAUGACGGUAAUGGCCAUCAUCACGUUCAUCUCGAUCACGAUCAUUCUGCCGAUCAACUUUUCCGGAACGCUCAGUGGCGAUAAGAACUCGUUCGGACACACGACCAUAUCCAACCUGGAUCCCAAUUCGGGGUCGAUGUGGGCUCACGUCCUGUUCGCGAUCGCGUACGUCCCGAUGGUGGUGCUGAUCAUGAGAAGGGCAUCCGGAAGGAAUGCUUUCAAAACGGCGCCCACCAGAACGGUGAUGGUGAUGAACAUCGCCCCGUCCGAUUGUGAAAAGGGUGUGAUCCGGACGUAUCUUCAGCAGCUGUUUCCGGACGUGGGCAUCGAAGACGUUCAGAUGGCUUAUAAUAUAAGCAGUUUGAUCAAGGCCGCCGAAGAGUACGAGAGGAUAGCGGACGCCAGAAUCUAUUGCGAGGUGCAUAGGGGUAGGGAUCGGGAACCGAUCCAGGCUAGGAUUAAGUGUUGUACCUGCCAAACGGUGGAUGCUUUGGAGUAUUAUAAGGAGGAGGAGGCUCGACUGGCAGGUCAAGUUUCUCGGCUGCGGGCGUCCGCUUUGAACGAACCGCUUGGGAUCGCCUUCGUCACGUUGAAUUCAGCUCAAGAAGCUCAGCACGUUAUUCUCCACUUCAAGCCGGGCACGUACCGGAACUGGGAUCUGGCGUACGCCCCGGCCCCAUCGGAUAUUUUCUGGGAAAACCUGAACAUCGAUACCGCCCAAUGGUACUUCAAAUGGAUCGCGGUCAACUUGGUGCUGUUCCUGUUUCUGUUCUUCCUGACGACGCCGGUUAUCAUUGUCAACCAACUGGACACGUUAUCGUUGACCAAGAACACAACUUCGCAAAUAAGCAAGAUCAGCCCGUUGAUUUCGGAGUUCUUGCCAACGUUGCUUCUGUGGUCCAUGUCGGCGUUGAUGCCCGUAAUUGUGGCUUACUCGGAUACGUGGUUGUCGCAUUGGACCCGAUCUCGACAAAACUACGUCAUCAUGACCAAAACGUUCGGGUACUUAUUAUUCAUGAUCUUGAUUCUACCGUCCCUGGGACUAACCAGUGCCGAAGCGUUUCUUCAGUGGACCAUCCACUACAACGAAACUUACCGAUGGGAAUGUAUAUUCCUACCGGACAAAGGUGCGUUCUUUGUAAACUACAUUAUAACUGCGGCCUUCAUCGGUACCGCUUUGGAGUUGAUCCGAUUCCCGGAUCUGAUCUGUUACAUCUGGAAACUGGCCACAUCCAAGUCCCGCGCUGAAACCCCGUACAUCAGAAAGUCCAUCCUGAUCACAUUCCCGUUCGGAAUUCACUACGCCUGGAUGGUGAUGGUGUUCACGAUGAGCACUGUCUACAGUCUGGCUUGUCCGCUGAUCAUGCCUUUCGCCAUGGUCUACAUCAUGCUGAAGCAUUUUGUGGACAAACACAAUCUGUUUUUCGCAUUCGCGCCGUCGAACAUGAUCAGUCAGGGCAGUGGAGGAAAGAUCCACAGCACGGCGGUUACGAUGACCAAGGUUUCCGUGGUGCUCUUGUUGUCGAUAAUGGCCGCUUUGGCGUGGGUCCGAUCCGGAGCCUUGGAGAUGCGAGCACUGAUUUUGGUGUUGGCUCUGUGCGUGACGUUGGUCAUGUUCACGUUCAUGUCCCCGAUCAAAAAGUGCACCACCAAACCGUUGAGCAUCGUGGAAACCGAGGGACCGGCGCCAGUGUACGUAGCAGAUGUGCUGAUAAAUCGAAGGAUGGUAUCGGACAGCCCAUCGCAUUUGAGCUACGGCUCCGACACCACGAUGGACAUAGUGAUGAAUGAUGCCGGACGAAGUGUGACGGCUUAGAGGAGGAGAACCACAGACUCGUAUACUCAACUCUCUUCUGCAGCAGCUAACAUUCGGUUUUUGUCUGGGCUGUCAGUGCUUUCCAUCGUUCGACCGCUUUCGAUUUGAGUAUCGCUUCGUCGAAACCAUUGUGAUUCUGUUUUAAAAUUCGUUUUAUGAGCAGUAACAUAUUUUUCAUAUUUAGCUUAAUUAUAAUAACUCGUAAAUUAUUUGUAAUAUUUUUACCUAUUUGUUUACCACUUGUUUCCAAAACGUUUGAUUAUAACUAGUAUGAACAGCAAAAAUACAUCACCAAAAAUACGUUCUUGUAUUCAAGAAGUCGCAUUAAUUGAAUUUGUUAUUAUUGCUCUUAUUUUAUUUAGAUAACUAGUGGCCCUAACGAGUGCUAGAGGAAUUUUCCUUUAUCUGCUUCACAGAACAUACUGAGUUUAUCCUAACCCUGACUUCUUUUCCUUGCCCUAUUCCUAAAUAAUUGAUAGUGAUAUAAAAGGUAUUAUCUCGUUGCAUGAACAUUUGUGGGACGUUUUGGCUGCUUAAACAAUACAACAUCUAACAAUAAGGAAUCAUUGUCGUAGUAGUAAUUACCCUUCAAAGAAGCAAACACUAGCAAACAGGUUUUACUGCACUCACUAAUCCGUGAACACACACAACCAUAUUUACGAAACAUUAGGCAAAUCAAGCAAGUGAUUGUGAGAGCUAAGCAAAAAUGAUGGAAGAAUGAAUUAUAUAUUUUUGGCCGAACUAGGUA